AGGAUAGUUUUCAGACUUGAUUGUUGUCCCUACAUCUAGGGAAAAGCCAGCCUUGUGGCAACUUUAGUUCACAGGUCCGCUGCAGUCACCAUGAUGGUCGCACAGGCUAGCUCAAAACUGUUGACAUCUGUGGUAUUGGUGUAUGUGUGUGUGUUAAAUGGCACAAUGUAAAGUGACCUAUUAGCACUGUGCAAUAUGCCUACUCGUGCAUUCAACGCCUUUUGAUAUGCAACGUGUCCGGAAGAUUCAUUUAUUUUCUGUUCAGUAGCCUAGGCAGUGCAGACUGUUCAGGGAAGUCGCUGCACCUGUAGGCUCAGUUGGCCUACAUGCUGAGCCAAUUAGCCCAUGUUUGAUGGAGUACAUGCUCAAACGUAUUUUUGCAUGUUUGACAUUAACGUUUAAUGUGACUAUUAUAUGUAGCCUAUUUGUUUUGCAUGAUAGCCUAAUUAUAGGGCAUUGAUAUAGGGCCUACACAGCAUAUUGUUUUUGCUCGAUGGUGUUUUAUGCCCCCAACGUCGAGGCAGGGCUGCCACCGCUGACUUAAAGGCACCUAAUCCUAAACCUAACCUAACCUUAUCCAUGCUGAACCCUAGUGCUUUUCAGGCAGCGCUGCCUUGAAGACAACGUUAGGGGCAUAAAACACCAAGAAACAUUGUGCUCAGUCCUCUGCCACUGUUGGAAUUUCCUUUGCGUCUCACCACCACCACAGUCGAGGUUGGCUGGCGAAAUUGGAAGGCGAAGAACAAAGUUAAUAUACCCUCAGCUGCUAAUGAUAAAUUCCGUAAGAAUAUAUGGGCAGAGAAUCAGGCAGCUGCCACAUAUGGGCAGAGAAUCAGGCAGCUGCCACAACAAGAAAUACUUGGAGGGCAAAAGUCGCUUUAUCAUGGACCUGAAUGAGCUGGCCACCCUGACACCUGAGGAGUAUGGCGUUCGACUGGGAGCAAAAACUACAUCAAGUGAAGAAGGGAGACGAGGACGGAAGCCCACGUCACGCCUCAGACUGGACUAUAGGACACUGGGCUUUGUAACCCCUGUAAAGAAUCAGGUACUUCUUAAAUUAACCUAAUAUGGGUAGCGAGAACUUGUGUUGACAAAUCUGGUAAGUUUAAGAGGAAGAUGAUGCACACAUUUAAUUUCCCACCUACAACCUCCUUUUCUGCUGUGAGCAUAUGACCACCUGGAGGAUGCUUCUCGAUGUCACUACACUUCAUUCUAAAACCCAGACUUCUUUCAAAGGGGUGGUGUGGGUCUUGGUUUAUUUUAGCAACAGGGUCAAUUGAAGGUCAGCAUUUUAAGAAGACGAGACACCUCAUUUCACUGAGUGAACAAAACCUGGUCGACUGUUUCACAACUCAGACAUAUGGGUGCAAUGGAGGAUGGAUGGGGGAAGCAAUGCAGUUUGUUAAAAAUAAAGGCAUUCAUUUGGAGGCAAAUUAUCCAUACGUUGCCCGGGUAUAUGAUGAGCCAUCCUUCAGCACCAAGUAUGUAAACCACACAGUUCUAUUGGUGGGCUAUGGGUUUGAGAAAGGAGUUCUAUACUGGAUCAUAAAGAACAGCUGGGGCACUGGCUGGGGAGAGAUUGGCUACAUGAGAAUGGUCAGAGAUGGGAGAAACAUCUGUGGCAUUGCCAACUGAGUGUGUCCAGUUAUGUGAACCCAGCUCACAGGGAUUCAGUUAGUGACUUGUCACUACUUAUUGCCAUCAGAAUUAUGUUGGAAUAAACAUCAUUGACAUAUGAACGAUGCUGAGCUUUUCUUGUGAAUAACAAAGGUGAUCUUGCCUGCAGCCAUUAAAACCACCGAAUGCGAGAAUUGGCACUUGGUCACGUUUAACUAAACACACUGGGUAACUUUUUAGAGUCCUGCAUGGGACAGUUCCAAGCUUCAAUUACUCAACCAGUCCAUUAAAGGGUCAGAGCAGUAGGGCGGCACAGGCAAAGACUGCAUUAUCCUCUAGGCUUGGGCUACGUCACCAUCACAAUCAGGGAUGUAGUGGUAAAAUAAGAGGUGGGUAAACUAUGAA